AUGCAGGAACCAGAGCUAUCAACAGUGAUAACUUUCAAAGAAGCUUUGCAAAACCCUGAGACAGUUCUCCCCAAAGAUGAGAACGACCUAGUCUGGGAAGCAUCUCCAGAAUGUUCUAUUUGCUUCACCACAUAUGAUAAUGCUUUUAAGACACCUAAGGUUCUGCAGUGUAAUCACACUUUCUGUCUGGAGUGUUUGUCGCGCUUCAUUGCUGUUUCAUCAGAACAAACAAGCACCCAGAUCACCUGCCCUCUUUGCCGACAACCUACUUCUGUCCCUGAAAAUGGUCCGCCGGCUCUGACGACCAGCCUGGAGCUCUUGAGCCAACUGCCCAGCUAUCAACAGCAAGAGACAAAUGUAUGGCUAGAGGGGAAAAAGCUCUGCUACUCAAACCCAAUGACACCUACCUGCAUCUGUAUUGAAAUUGGAGGGAAUAAGCAGGAGAAUAACAACAGCACAGAGCAUAUAGAAGGUUAUAGAAAUGCAACACUGUGUUGUCUGGGUCAUUACAGCAGUUGGAAGCGACUGGUGAUUUUUAUUGUAGUGCUGCUCCUAUUGCUUAUCGUAAUCAUCUGGCCCAUGCAGUGCAUUUUCAUUCGGGGUUUGACAUCAGGCUGCUUAAGUAAGCACACAGGCACCAUUACCUAUCCUACAGCGUCAACCAGCACUGUUAGGUGA